CAAUAUGGCCUCCAGGUCUACGCGGGGCACGCUAACGUAGUGUAGAUAUUUCUUCAAAAAUCUGUAGAACAAACAGUUUCUGUGAUAAUAUAAUUAGUCAAGCUGUUAAAGAGUGUAUGGAAAGAUAUUUUCGUGGUAUUUUAUAAAAUAUCAGUGAUAGUAUUCAGUCAGGAACAAAUUUAGAAGGCAUUCCACUGCCGUUGUAACUACUACUUGUACUUUGCGGAAGACAUCGUCAACGUUACAGUACGAUUCAGUAGUCGUUCAGCAUUUAACAAUUAAUUUAUUGAUCGCUAAAUCUUACAAUGAGGUGGCAAUUUAAGUGUAAAGAUUCAUAGUUUCCAGUUAUUAAAAUCUAAUAUUAUGUCUGAAAAUAAGAGCAAAGAAGAUGCCACGAUGGAGGGUUGUCAAGAAGGGGGCGAAGAAGAAGGUAUGGCUGCCGAAAGGGUCGAAGAUAAGGUCAGUAUCCAACAGAUUCUCGAGGGUAUGACUAAUGAAUUUAACAAAAGUGUAAGUCCUGUCAAAAGUACAGAAAUUAAUCGAUCAGAAAAAUUGGAUCAUGAGGAGAUUGAAAAAUCGGAGAUAAAUUUUGAUAAAUCAGCAAUUGAAAAAGAAUUUGCUGGAGAUAAGGAUAUAGAAGAUAUUUCAACAAAGCAAAAAAACACAGAAUCAAUGUUAACAGAUGAAAAUCAUAGAGAAGAUCAUAAAGAAGAUACUGGAAAACAAGAAAUUUUGAAAAAAGAUAAUGGAAUUCCGCGUAUCGUUCUUACUUUCAGAACAAUCGACGAAAAUACCGAUGAUGGUAAAAAAACAAAGAUAUCAAGUUGUUCCUCCAACCUUACUUUAGUUCCUGAUGAAUUGGUAAAUUGUGAUCAAAUUGGCGGUGUUUCUGUUAAGAUUGAAAAUUCAGAUGAAAACUCCGAUAAUAUUGAGAAAUCAGAUUCAGAAGAAGGUAGACCAGAAGAAAUAGCCAUAGAAUCCAAAAAUAAAGAAUCAGAGGAAAAGAUAGAAGAAUCAAAAUUACCAAAAGAAGAUAUGAGGGUAAUAACAGAAGAUAAAACUACUAUUUCUAAUGAAAAAACAAAGACUGAUGAAGCAGAUACUUCAAUAGAACCUACAGAACAGGUGGAUCAAGCAGACAGCACAGUUCCAGUUACUAGGAAAAGAAGAACAGGACGACCUAGAUUAAGAGCACUUAGUGAUCACACUGAAGAAUCUCCAGGUCCUAAACGUUCUGCAAGGAGACUAUGUAAAGAAACAUUAAAGAGUACUGUAUUAGAAAAUGCAAUGGCAAGGAAAGAAAAAUCUAAUUAUACAGAAGAAAAUUUACAAUUUAAAAAACAGCGGAAAUAUAACAAACCAGGAAGACCUAAAAAGGUGAUACAAGGAAAGGAUCAAAACAAACAGUUGCAAACUAAACCUCCUGACAUACGUCAGGAAAUAGAAUCUUCCAUUUCAGAUGGAAAUAUCACUAUUUCUGAGGUAAAUUCAACAUUAGAAUAUUCUAGAAAUUCUAUAUCAGAAAAUAAUGCAAAUGAGACAAUCCUGGAUGAAUCACAAAAUUUUUCAUCUGAUUUUGAUGGUAUGCCAAAAUUAUCUCCUAUGAUAAAAAGUUCAGAAUCUCAAACAAAAUUGAAUAACUCAAUUGGUAGUUCCGCAAGCGAUGAUAUAUCUUUAGCAGAUAUUGAAAAACCAUUUCUAAAACCUGCUGCUGGUAGACCUAAACGAGAAAGAGGAAGACCUAGAGGAAGUCAAGCUGCAAGAAAAAUAGCAAAAGCAGAUUCAUUCGAAGGUAUGAGAGAUGGCUCUGUAUCAAUUGCAGAAACAGGAAAAAACAAUGAUUAUCCUGAAGAAAGCAUUGUACCUAUAAAAAGAACAAGAAGAAGUAUGGCUCCAAGUCCAAGUCCUGCAGAAGGACAAGCUUCAAAGCCAGAAUCAACAGCAAUUAUGAGUGAAACAUAUAGUCAAUCAAUGUUAUGUUUAUGUCAAGUAAGGUCUCAACUAUAUGUAACAAUAACUGGUUCUGGAGCACCAUUAUAUUGUACUGCAAUAGAUUCUAUUGAUAAUAGAUUAGUAGGAUGUUGUAAUGAAGUUGAUAGCAAUGAUGUGGCAAUGAGAAGACCGAGUACUCGUGUUCCUUUUAUUAUUUUAUGUCGAAUGCAUAAAGAAAGGCUUUUGAGACAUAAUUGUUGCCCUUCUUGUGGAUUGUUUUGUUCACAAGGAAGAUUUAUACAAUGUAUUAAUGGUCAUCAAUAUCAUCGUGAAUGUGAAAUUUAUCCAAAUAAAAAAGGCGUAUGUCCACAUUGUGGAAAUGAAACUACAGCAUAUGAUGUAAUGGUCACCAUGAGUGGAUUAAGAAAACCUGUAUUCAUUCCAACUCGAAAAAAAUUUUCAAAACUUCCUUCUGCAAAAAUGAGUUUACCAGGAAAGGGUGAUAAUACAAAGUUAGCAGAGCGUCCUCCUAGUCCUUUAAUUCAACCAGAUAUUAUCAAAAUACCUGAACCAUCAGUUAAUUCUGAAAGACCUGAACGUUAUACUAUUAUGAGCCUUUAUACAUCUGUAAAAAAUGGAGAUUUGGAAAAACUAGUUAAUGUUUUAGCAUGUGGAUAUAAUGCAAAUCAUACAUUCCGAGAUUAUGCUCAUCGGACUGGACUUCAUAUAGCCGCGGAUAAAGGUCAUUUGUCUUGCGUACACGUACUAGUACAAGCUGGCGCUCAAUUAGACGUGAUGGAUAGAAAUCAAUUAACACCUUUGAUGUUAGCUGCUAGUAAGGGUAAAGCUGAUGUAGUAAAAUAUUUAAUAAGGAUAGGUGCUGAUGUUACAUUGAAAGGAGAAGAUGGUAUGACUGCUUUACAUAUGGCUGCUAAAUCUGGUCAUUUAGAAGUAUGUAGGAUAAUUUUGACAGAAUGCAAAGCACCAAGAACAUUAGUAGAUUCAGUUGAUGAUGGUGGAUGGACUAGUUUAAUUUGGGCAUGUGAGUUUUGUCAUACUGAUGUCGCACGAUUCUUAUUAGAUAGAAAAUGCGAUCCUUUAAUUCGAGAUGCAGAACAAAAUAUAGCAUUGCAUUGGAGUGCUUUUAGCGGAAGUUCAGAAAUUACAGAAAUGUUACUUAAUGAAGGUUGUGAUGUAAAUGCUGUUAAUGUUCAUGGUGACACACCUUUGCAUAUAGCAGCAAGACAAGAUCAAUAUGCAGUUAGUGUUCUUUUAUUAGCUCGUGGUGCUAAAAUAGGAGAAGUUAAUGCUGCAGGUGAAACAGCAGUAAAUUGCUGUACAAAUGAUGGUGAUACUAUGUCUGCUUUAAGAUUAAAUGCCAAAGUCAAUGAACUUUCUGAACAUAUGUGGGAAAAAACAAUCAAAAUAUUAACUAAUGAUAUUUCACGUGGUAAAGAAACGAAUCCAAUACAAUGUGUUAAUGGCUAUGAUUCAGAAGAUAAGCCAACAGAUUUUCUUUAUGUAACGGAAAAUUGUUUUACUAGUAAUAUAAAUGUUGAUCGUACAAUAACAUCUUUACAAUCUUGUCGAUGUGAAGAUAAUUGUAGUUCAGAAAAAUGUUUAUGUGGAAACAUAAGUUUAAGAUGUUGGUAUGAUGAAGAAGGAAAAUUGAUUCCAGAAUUUAAUUAUACAGAUCCUCCAAUGUUAUUUGAAUGUAAUCCAGCAUGUGACUGUAAUCGUAUAACAUGUAAUAAUCGUGUUAUUCAACAUGGUCUGACGCAAAGAUUUCAAUUAUUUCGAACCAAAGGUAAAGGAUGGGGACUUAGAACGCUACGGCACAUUCCGAAAGGUUCCUAUGUAUGUGAAUAUGUUGGCGAAAUUAUUUCGGAUUCUGAAGCAGAUCAUCGAGAGGAUGAUUCUUAUUUAUUUGAUUUAGAUAAUAGAGAUGGAGAAACAUAUUGUAUUGAUGCCAGACGGUAUGGAAACAUCGCUCGUUUUAUAAAUCAUUCUUGUGCACCCAAUCUCUUGCCCGUGCGAGUAUUUGUUGAGCAUCAGGAUUUGCAUUUUCCUAGGAUAGCAUUUUUUGCGAAUCGCGACAUCGAGGCAGAUGAAGAGCUCGGCUUCGAUUAUGGAGAGAAAUUCUGGAUAAUAAAAUGCAAGUCAUUCACAUGUACCUGUGGAGCCGAAAACUGCCGAUAUUCUGAGAAGACUAUACAAGUUACUUUGGACAACUACCGCAGAAAAAUACAGCAAGAAGAAAUGCUGGCAGCUCAAUCAUCGUAAUCCUAAACCAAUUUAGCAAAUUCUAUAUAUACUUAUUUUAGUUAUUAGUUUAAUGUUCUUCCUUCUUAUUACUCGGAAUAUUAAUAGAGAGAAUCUCUAAUUUUUCCAUUUAUUUUAAAACGAUCUUAAAUUAUGAAAUUGAAAGAAAGUACAAAUGGUGGUGGGAUUUGAAUUUGACACAAAAAUAAUUAAAGAAAGUGUUAUCUUGCUAUACGAGCUAAGAAGGAACUACGUUUUUCUUAUUCCAGUUCGUUGAAAUCGAACACAUCGAAAUCCAUAUUAAUUUUUUCAAUUGAUCAUAUUUUCCUACUUUUGCCAAUUAUCUUGAGGAUAUAAAAUUUAUCAUAAAAAUAUUUGGACGCUAUAACUUUAAUUUAUAUGCUCUACAUUUGCAAUAAAUAUGCUUAAAAUAAAAAAAAAAAUGUUUUGCAUUAUAUUAAAGCAUAGUAUAGAUGCUAGAAUAUAAAAAUUUUCUUAGUACAAAUUAUUAUUAAAUAUUUAAAAUGAAUUUUCGAAUAUAAAAAUAAUCGAAUAUUUAACAAAGUUAAAAUAAAUAAAAUAAUAAUUUUUUAUAGGAGUCA